UGACCCGAAAACUUCCUCUCUGUUUCCUCUCACGCAUUCUCUCUCUCUCUCUCUUCCAUUCCACAUUUCUUCUGGAAUCUAUGACCAAACUUCCGUUCAUUUUGGACCAAGAAAAGUCUUCUCAUUUCAUCUCAUUUAAUUAAUUAACGAAUUUUUUUUGUUUUUAUUCGCAAUUAAAUUCCCUUUCUAGUUCUUUUUAUUUUAAAAUUAAAACCCUUAUUUAUUAAUCUUCCAUUUGAAUUCAUCUUACUUUCUUCGUUCAACCCAACCUAACAAUCUCAAUUUCAGCGCGAAAAACAACAACACCGAAGAAUCCUUUCUUUCUCAGGAUUAUACUAUUGUUUUGACAUUGCUUCACUUGGUGCUGCUUACAAGAAAAAAGCUGUUAUAUCAUAUCCAAAUUCCACUCCUGUUUUGCCUUGUGUGCUCAAUUUGAAAGCUAACUUCUGUUAGACAGUGUACUAUAUUUUUUUCUGCUGCAUGUGGUGUCUCUUUUGCGGUGCCACAUCUUUUAUCCAUGGGGGAGUGGGUUGUUGGAGCUUUCAUCAACCUUUUUGGUAGUAUUGCUAUAAACUUCGGGACCAACCUUCUCAAAUUAGGACAUAAUGAGAGAGAAAGACAUUUACUUGGAAAUGAUGGGGUACAUGGAAAGGUGACUCUGAAGCCUAUUAUAUACUUUCAGAGUUGGAGAAUCGGUAUCUUAUUUUUCUUUCUUGGAAAUUGCCUUAAUUUCAUUUCAUUCGGGUAUGCUGCUCAGUCACUUCUUGCAGCUCUGGGAUCUGUUCAGUUUGUAUCUAACCUCGCAUUCGCUUACUUUGUGUUGAACAAAUUGGUGACAGUCAAGGUACUGGUUGCCACAGCUUUCAUUGUUCUCGGAAACGUUUUUCUAGUUGCUUUUGGCAAUCACCAAUCACCUGUUUAUACACCAGAGCAGUUGACAGAGAAAUAUACCAAUGCCGCAUUCCUUCUGUACCUUCUAGCUUUGAUUGUAAUUGUUGCCUUGCAUCACUCCGUUUACAAGCGAGGUGAACUUCAGCUUGCUGUAUCAGGACAUGACCUCAAACCCUUUUGGAGUAUGCUAUUGCCCUUUUCAUAUGCUGUAGUUUCAGGGGCUAUAGGUUCAUGCUCAGUGUUGUUUGCCAAGUCUCUUUCUAACCUCUUACGACUAGCUAUGUCCAAUGGUUAUCAGUUGCACAGCUGGUUCACGUAUUCCAUGCUUCUUUUAUUUCUCAGUACUGCCGGAUUUUGGAUGACCAGGUUGAAUGAAGGACUUUCCUUGUUCGACGCAAUUCUUAUUGUUCCCAUGUUUCAGAUAGCAUGGACUUUCUUCUCAAUCUGUACAGGAUUUAUAUAUUUUCAGGAAUAUCAGGUAUUUGACACGCUAAGGACAACAAUGUUUAUACUUGGAAUGAUGUGUGUGUUCAUUGGCAUUUCUUUGCUGGCACCUGAUGAAUCAAAAGGUGAGACUAAAGAUAGUUCUUUGGAUUCCGGGGUGUCUCCUGCCAUUUCAACAGAAAUGAACAGGCUAAUAGUUUCUUCCGAAGAAGCACACAACAAAGACCCAAGAUCUUUUGUCAACGGAGUGCUGGUAAAGAUUACAAAUAUGUGGGUCAAGGCAAAGACGUCAUGUGCAUUAUCUCUUGGUUUUGGGGAGGAUACCAUCAAUGCAUCUUCAGUUUUUGUGAUGCCAAUGAUGUCAUCAAGAAUGAAUGGCUUCAGAGGUAAUGGGCUUGAACGGGCAAGGAUUUUGUCGAUGAGAAAUUCAGGUUGGAGCAAGGUACCUAUGGAUGAAGAUGCCGUGAAAUUGCUUGAUACUAAUCCAAUUGUCCCUCCAAGUCCUUGAUAUAGUGUUUGAUAGCCAUAGGAUUUCCCAGGGUUUGGAUUUAUUUUUCUAUAUAUUUUUUAAUGAUGAUUGGAGUAAAGAUGAGAUAUAUACCAUUCAUAAUUCAAUUAUUUGCUCUAUUGAGCAUUCAUGUAAUCUUCCAACCUAAGGAAAAGAGGAUAACAAAAAAUUGUAUAUUGUACAUACUUGUAAAUUUUUGCUUGGACAAUUGAAAAGAAAAAGAAGUUAUCCUUUUAAUGUACUC